UGUCUGCGCUGUGAAACGCGCUUCCGUACGGGGCGUGUGCUCGCCCUGCAAUGAGCGCGCAGUGCGCGUUCCACAGGCGCAACAGAGAGCACUGCGCGUCUCUCAGCGUCUCCAAAAACAAAACAUGGGACUUGAAAGAGAAAAAGCGGAGACCAGCGUUAUUAUGGAUGAAGACGAAUUCAACAAAUCCAUUGAACCAAUACUGGGGAAGCAAAAAGCGCACGUUUAUUCAGCGGUACCGGACAGAGACCCUAAAAAUAUUAACUCACACGUAAAGGUUGGCUUUGAAGACAUCAUCGCAGAGCCCAUCUCCACACACAGCUUUGAUAAAGUAUGGAUUGGCAGUCAUGCUGUGUUUGAGCUGGUGAAAUAUGUUGUCUACCUGGUCCUCACCACGAUUUUGGCCAUUCCCAUGGCAUUUGUUGCAGGGAUUGUUUUCGGGAUCCUCAGCUGCAUACAUAUUUGGGUGGUGAUACCAGUGGUCCACGGUUGCAUGAUGACUCUGCCUCCCAUUCAGGUGAUCUGGACCAGUUUGGUGGACACGUUCAUACGACCUCUCUACUUCAGCAUUGGGAGGUGCUUGUCGUCCGUCAACAUCAAGACUUUGCAAAACUGAGAUGUUUUCUGUAAGCUCCACAUUGAAGUGUUUCAGCUCUUCUGCUGGAUGAUGUACAAGUCCAGACUAUCUCACCCGAUACUGUUGCAAAUCUUUCGAUCGGGUUUAUUACUUUGUAAUAAGACCUCAUUAUUGAAGGUUAUCUCCUGAAGGAUCAUUUAUCCUUGACAUUCCAAAACACAGAAAUGGGAAAAAUGUUUCCUUUAUGUAAUUACACAAUUGCAAUAAUCAUUCCGUUGUUUAGCCACAGACUUUUUUUAAUGGGUGGCGUCAGUGUGAACAUGCUUUUUGGAGUAAGCUUUUGUAUUAUAACCCUAAAGUCACAUUAGCUACAAAAGUGAGCGACACGCACUCGCUUGAUGGGCGUUCCUCGGCUAGUAUCUAAAAAUGGUAUCAAAAAAACUAUGUUUUUGGAUUUAAAAGUAUUUAUUUCUCGAUAAAAGUAACAAAAUAUAAUAUGAGAUAAACCGCCAAACUUAUCAGAUAUAUACAAAAAUACGCAUUUUCCGCCAUCUUGAAUUAUUUUCUUCAACUCGAGCCAAUGACCUACGUCACGCUGCCCCUUCACACUGUAAAAAAAACUUUGCUGCCUUAAAAUUUUUUGUUAAAUCAACUCAGAUUUACAAGUCAUGUCAACAGAAAUUAGCUGUCACAACUUAUAAAAUAUAGUUGAGAAAAGUCAACUUAAAUUUAUAAGUUAUAACAACUCACCUGUAGUUAUAACAACUCCUCUCUAGUCAACAUUAAUAAUAAGUUGAAAUGACUUGUAAAUCUGAGUUGAUUCAACAAAAAAAUUUAAGGCAGCAAAGUAUUUUUUACAGUGCACUCCGAUUGGCAGUCGCUCUGUCGCAUCACGCAUCAUUUGCAUAAAAUAGCCUUCUUGUCUAUUUUGGCCCCACCUUGCUCGGCGCAGCGGCGAGCUCGUCGCUUGUCGCUGGCAAACGGCCACUCCCAUUGAAAAUGAAUGGUAGGCUGUCGCUCUGUCUCUUGUAGCUAAUGUGACUGGGAGGUAAGACUUAAAGGGACGGUUUACACAAAAUGUAAGUUUUGUCAUCAUUUACAUCUUGUUCUGUAGAGUACAAAGACAAUUUGGGACUAAAAGCCGUAGUCACUAUUCAUUUGCAUUACAUGGAAAAUAAAGUAUUGAAAGCAUAGUUGAACAACAUAAGGGUGUGACGAAAGAUGAUGAUGACAGAGUUUUCAUUUUUGGGUCAACUAGUCCUUUAAGAUGCUCUGAUUGAUGUGCAGUCUCAAUAUGCAUAAUGUGAUACAGAAAUAUAGGAUUAAGAAGUAAAAAGAAAGAAUAAUAUAAAAAAAAUGAUGGAACUACUUCCAAUAGGGCAGUGGUGAUUUAUUGAGGGUAAUAUUUAUAUAUUUACAGAUGAAAGGUUUUUAUACAACAAGACUGAAUAAGAUGCUGUUAUGUUUUUAUUAUAUCGAUCUGACAGCAUUUUAGUGCAUAGACUAUAUUUAUAAUUUUCAGGUACAUGCCUGUUAGAGAGCAUUCUGUACAAAUAUACAUUAACACUGUUUAAACACUGAUUUCUUUAUAUGAUGAUGCAUGUAUUAUUCAAAAUGGUGAUUAAUUUGCCUUGCAAAGCAGUGUUUAACGUGCCGUUUGCCAUGGAUUGUGCUUUGUUAGUGGCUCCACGGGCUAAAUGGAAUAUUUGACUGCGCAGUGGAACAUAAGAGGCUCAGGUGCCAUAUCCUCGCCCAUUUUGAAUGAUGUCAUAUGGCAAGCAUGCUGAACACAACUCAGUUUAAAUAAGAAAAGAGAGCUACAUGCACCAAAUAAAUAAAAUCUUGAAGUUGAA